GCAUAGAUUUUUUCAUGGCCACCGUAAAACCUGUGAUAUAACAAUCAAACUUAAGUGUCUAUUUCGUCUUCUAAAUUUCAAGGGCAGAGAGGGAAAAUAGUGUCAUUUACAUAUACCAAAGGCACUAUACAAUGAUUUAAAUUUUUUAUGCAAUGAAGAAAAAAUAAUAGUCUUAACAAUAGACUACUGUGAGGAGGAGAACCCAAAAAAGUCAACAGGAAUGAAAAUAAGUUUGUUAAAAAAUCAUGAACAAUUUCAACAACUGCGAAAUGCAAUGAAAUUUUUUUGACGCCGAUGAAAAAAGAGCAAAUGUGAGAUAACACAAUUAAGUAUGUCAUCCCCAUCAAAAGAUCAAUGGAACUUCGAUUGCGUAACAGUAGCUAGUGUGGAUUUCAUAAAAUUGCCUCUUAAAGACAUUUUAGAGAGCCUUAUUAAGCCUGGGGACCUUUUCAUAAAAAUAAAAUCAUGUCCUGCACUUUUGUCAGGGGAUCACAAACUACGCCAAGAGCAAAUAAAGCUUUGCUUUAUUCAACCAAAAGCAAAACCUGACUACAGCAAAUUUGAUGUAACUUUACUAUACACACUCAUAAGAAAUUUAUGCCCAUCACUAAAGCCAACAAAAGGUUGGGGAAAAGCGCCAGCAUAUGCGGAUAUAGACAUAGGAGAUGAUAUUGAGCGUCUCCGGUUGUUUAGAAACAAUUACUCUGCACAUGCCGAUUCUUCAGCAAUUUCUGACGCUGUCUUCAAAGAUAUAUGGAAGAAUUUAAAUUCUGCAGUCGACAGGAUUCAGAAGUACAUGCAAAAAAAGAGACGCAAUGUGGAUUAUGUACAAGAUUUAAUGAAGAUAGAAAGCUCAAAGUUCACAAAAGACCGUUUAGAAAGCUGCAAGAUCAUUUUAGAAGGCUUAUUGUUGAUAGAAAAACAAACAGAAAAAAAAGAUGAACCGGAAAUUUUCCUAAAAGGUGAAGAUACGGUAAUUUGUGGAGAUACAGCACGAUUUGAAUCAAACUCAAGAAACGCCAAUGUUACCUUUUGGCAGUUUACAUGGCAAAAACGUACAGGAAAUGGCACAGAAUGUAUAGAUACAAAUCAGGAGAAAUACAAAGGUAGCAGCAACAGCAUUCUUUUCAUACAAAAUGUAAGUAAGGAGGAUGAAGGGGAAUACCAGGCUGUCCUCUCACGGGAAGCGAAUGGAAUCGAGUACAAGAUAUCCAGUAAUACUGUUUAUCUUCAUGCUCUAGGAGAGCGGCCUAUUUUGAACGAUUUAAGAGUAACAACAGAAGACGAAGGUAUCACUAUCCAUUACAGCUACGAAGUUUUAGAGCAGUCACCAAAAGUUAAACACAUAUAUUGGUGUAAAAAUGGAGAACCACUGGAUAGAAAAAGUGAAAAAUAUAUUGGAGGGAGUCUAAAUGAGAAUUAUUUUACAAUUUCAUCACCUACUGACGAAGAUAGAGGGAAAUACUUAUGCACAAUUUCCAAUGCAGUGGGUUCGGUAUCAAAAGCAGUAAUUUUUGGUCUUCCAAACAUUACGACAAGUGAAGAAACCGUCAUAAAAAACAAAUCAGUAAAAUUAGUUGGAGACGUGUUUGUGUACGACGGUUCACCUGAUAUUACGGAAGUCUUUUGGACAAAAAAUGGAGAGAAGAUAUACACUCAAGGGAGUGGUGGAAGGCUAUCAACAGUGACGGUGGACGAUCCUUCACUAACCAUCAGAGACGUAAGCCAUAUUGAUGCUGGCGAAUACCAACUCAUCGCGAGGAAUGCAGUGGGGACAACUUCCAGUGACAUUAUUACUAUUGGUGUCCCUGAUGUUAAUUUGGAAAGCCUUGAAAAAGAAGGAAGUGGAAUCCAUGGUUUUAAAGCAACGAUUAAAUCCAUCCCGUCACCUUGCAAUGUUACGUGGAGUAAAAAAGGCAACUAUGAAGAUGAAUUUAAGCCAAUAGAUGCUGAUGCUGAAGAAUUCAGAGGGACAACAAAUUAUCUUCCUCACCCGAAGUUAGUAGUGAAAGACAGAAAUCUUCUGGAAAACAACUGUUUUCAAAUAGAAGUCUCAAACUUUGUUGGAAAUACUAUUGAAAAAAAUCCAGACACAAAAUAUCAAGCGAAAAUCGUCUGUAAUCUCAUUUCAUCUCCAGGAUCUCAAAGGGUGUUAUUAGACUGUUGUUUACAUUUCCUCAUUUAUAACUUGAAAAAUCCUGAUGAAACUUGGACAAAGGAUAAAAUCGUGACACACGUAAGACGGAUGAUAAGCAAACUUGUGGAAAACAAUGAAAAAGACCGCUUGGAAUUCUUCUGUCAAACUCUUUAUCAAGACGAAAGUCUUUCUAACACAUUAUUGAAUUGUGGAGAGGAUUUCUAUGCAUUGAUAUUUUCCAUGGAGGAAAAAUAUAAUGCGCAGGAUAUCAUUCUGUCCGAGGGAUCAUUUUGUGUGACCUUUUGUUUUGAAAACAAUUUGCGUUUAGAAAAUUUUUUGCAGAAACUUGAAAGUAAGGACGAACAACUGCUCAAAGACUUAUCUAAACUUACUCUAAACAAAACUCUUUUAAAAAUCUUCAGCAUUAGUCCACAACAAGUUUGGUGGACGGCAUGGACAGUAAAGAUAUAUAAAGGAACUCAGUUGUUUGAGAAGAUUUUUACAUACCCAAUAGAAGGUCGUUCUGAAGAUUACUCCGCAAUAAAAUCAAAGAUUUUAAGCAGAUCUGAAAUCAUGGGUGAUGAACCGGGACCGUCUAAUUAUCCAUUUUUUCUUCUUGAUAAGUCAUCGGAAAAUUACCUUCGUCUUACCCGUCUGAUUACAACAGUUUGUGGUUCUUUACUGAGGGACAUACUAAGUCACCACAUUAAACCGGUCAACCUAAGAAAAGAGCUCGAUAAAAACAGAAAAAAACUUGAAAAAUUUAUGACUAUAGAACAAUUGAAACAGUUAUAUUUGACUGCUGGAAGCAAUCCAAUAUCUCCAAAAGACUUGGAUAUAUCCGUUCUGUACAUGCUAUUACGGAAAAUUUGCACCAAACUUCCUCCACCUAAGACUGGUUGGGGAAAACCUCCACAAAAAGGCGAUAACAGCGAAUCAGCUUUUAUCGAGAGAGUACGACACAUAAGGAAUAGCAUAUCAGCCCACAGUACACAAGGUAAAGUGAGUGACACGGAUUUUCAACAGUAUUGGGAGGAGCUUGAGAAUUCAAUUAUUGCAAUGGAGAAGCAGUUGACUGGUGAUGUUUUACAUCAAGAUGCCAUAAGGUCGAUAAAAAGUAUGAACUUCACUAAGGAUGACGCUGAAAAGUACAAACGUGAAAUUCAACAAUCGGAAGAUCCUGAGGACAAAUCUGAGAUACUUCAACAAAAAUUUUCCCAAGUGCGUUUUUGGACAGAAAAGGACAGAAAAUAUUUUGAAAAAUCAGAAAAAGAGAAAAUGAAACUGUGGAGUCCAGUGCCUGAUAUUUCUACCGACGAUGCAAUGAGUUCAUUGGAAGGAAAAAAAAUCCUCAUGGCAGAAGAACCUAGUGAGAAUCCAAAACAUUUAUCAGUUAAGGAAAGAAUUAGAAGAUUCGAAAAUGAAGAAGCCACUUCGUCGGUCUCAGUGAAGGAUGAUAGAAGACCAAACAGAAAGGAAAUAAUGGUUAAAUUUUUUCCAAACGUGAAGAGUCUACAAGCGAGAAGGGGUCAAGCAAUUCUUAAAGACGAUUUCUCUCCUGGCGGGUCGCGACCAACUCUAAAAAAGCAAGACAGCUGUGAAGUGGCAUCAGACUACUUGGGUGAUAUCGGGGAUGAAAUCAAGGAUUCGGAUUUUGUCGACGAUGUCUGUGAUUCAAAACUCUCUCCUGUUUGGGAGGAAAUCUUUACCAGCAGCGAUUCGUGCUCGAACAUUAAGGAUUCAAGUAAUAGGAAAGAUAUUGCUAAAUGUACAUGCACCAUGGAACACGAGCUUGCCGUGGAUAGUGUAAACCCCCACCCGGUAUUUGACUGUCUUUUGCAUGAGACUGAAUUACAGAGAGAAGACAGUUCCGACCGAGCGCCGCUCCAGCCCCCCUACCCUGCUCCCCCCUACCCCCUGGUAGACGUUAAGUCCUUCACAGGCCGAUCGAUGAGGGUCGGGAGCUGCCCUCCCAUUGGUUUUGAGGGCCUCUGUGACCACCCCGCCCUUUCUAUAACCUAUCCGAGUUUAAGUUCGCAUAUAGGCGACACAAGCAACUACUCGUCUAAUUCUAUGAUUGAACCAGAACCGGGAAUGCCUUUACCUGAUUUUGGCAGCCUUCAUUUAAAAAAAGAUUCUUAAAUAUCACACAUGAUUUGGGCACAAAAAAAACCUAGAUCGGCUUCAAGCUGUUAUUCUUCUGGGGAAAAAUGUAUCAUCGGAGUUGGUGCAUGAGAAAUUUUAAUUAUGCAACGUCCUUGAAAAUCCUCUUUGAAAUGAAUUAUAAAUAUUUAUUGUCAAGUCGAUCGAAGAGGAAUGGUCAGUACUGGCAUCACUUCGCAAAAGAAUGGUAUCUUUUAUUGGUAUCUUUUUAAACAAUCUUGAUGUUUAUCUAUAUUUGAAAACUGUUUAAUAAACAUGUUCAUAAUUUGAA